UAAUAUCAAAACAAAAAUGCCUUUCGGUCGCAAAUCGCCAUUUGAGGCAUUGGCCUUACCAGGCGUCAUCUUAGCCUAUAAAUAUAGUCAAUUUCGUCAGAGACGCCGAGAAGCUGCUAGUCGCCGUGUCACAGAACGGGAGCUGUCAGCGUUACAUCAUAAAAUCGAUAAACUACUUAGUAAACUAGAGGAAAGUGAACCAGAUCCACCUACAUCUCAAGAAGAUGAAUGUGUUAUUUGCAUUAAUGCCCGGGCGACAAUGCAAACAUCGCCAUGUGGUCAUCGUGUGGUUUGUCGUCGUUGUUUUGUCAAGACCAUACAAAGUGCCGUGGCCCAACGUUUGCUACCCCUGCGAUGUGUUAUUUGUCGGGCCCGUGUUAAUCGGCUGACAUCAUCCAGUGGAACGUGGCGUAUACAGGAAUCAGCCAGCAGUUAUUCCAUGGGUGGCAAAAGUUGGGCAUCCGUUGGUGUUUCGGCCGAUGGUGUCGCCCCCUCGGCCAGUUCAUAUUCCAUGAAUGAUGCCCACAGUGGCCAUCACAGUUUCCAUCUGCAUCCCUCACGUUUUCCCCGUAGUCCAAAUGGUCGGGUCUCACAAUCAGAUAGCCUGUAUUCAAUGAGUUCGACUGGUUCAUCGUCGGCAGCCUCGGUAUUCUCGAAAACGUCUUCCAUUUCAAGUGAUUUGUGUUCACCAGCCUCGCCUAUAUCGCCGACAACUUGCUCGUAUAAUCAAACAUCGAUGGUGUUGAAUAACCACUUGGCACCACCCACACCAAUCAUAUCACCACACUCGCCAACUUCCACAUCGGGUUCGGGUACAUCGGGAGGUUCAUUGUCACCCAAAGAUUUGCAUGUUCACUCGCAUCACAGCGGCUGUCCUAGUGGUUGCUCUGGGGCCGUGCCCAGGAAGCCACUGAAAUCCCUAAGCAAUUCCUCUUCCAGUGGUUCGUGUAGUAGCAGUAGCGGAAGUACGUCACUAAAUCAAUAUGUCGCACCAUCGACACACACUUAUCCUGGGAGGAGACAUACCAAGGGAAAAUUGGUGGAGCUGCAGAAUCGUCUACCGCCCAUUAAGGAAUUUCGUAGCCCAGCCAAAGUGCCACAUCCAUCACCCGUGCACAUAAGUAAUCCACGAUUUCGUUAUGCUUCCUACACGAAAACUUCUCACGACAAUGCCAGCAACAAGGAACCUCCAUCACCACCAAAACGACCCAUGAACAUACACAUUAGUGCUUCCCACAACACUUUGGCUCCACCACCACUUAAAGCCGGUGCUAAUGGCAAAAUUAGCCCUUUGGCCACCAAACAUCAACUAUCGAAGUCCGCUUAUAGCGUUUCGCAAAGCAAAGACAAGAAAUCGUCCUCCACCUACACGAGCUUGGAAAGCACAAAGAACAAUAAUUCGGCUAAAAUUGGCCACAACAAAACGUCUGCCUCCUCCACUAACAAUAUUUCGCUAACGAAAUCUUCCUCCGCAUCUACAUCCGGUCGUCAUAGCCAAUCGUCAAACUCAACGAGUGCAACGGCGACGACGACAACAUCUGGAUUUUCCACAAGUAAAAGUUUUCCAUUGUUCUGCAACAACAAUAAUCACAAAGAAAAGUCAGACAAUAAGAAAAAUGAAUCAGUCGAACGACGGAAGGAGGAAAAACUUAAAUUGAAAGCAGACAAAGAAGCAAGGAAGGAAGAAAAACGUCUCGCCAAAGAAGAAGAACGCUUAGCAAAACUCAUGGCCAAAGAGGAAAAGAAGAAAAGUAAAAAAGAAGCCAAGGAACUGCUGUUAGCACACGAUGGCAAUAGCAAAAAAUAGAGUUAAGAUGAAGAAGUAAAGCAAUUAGAAAGCAAACAA